UGAAGAAACAAAGAAAAACAGUUCUGAAGAGGAAGUUUCGGUGACAUUGUCUAAACUCUAAACUCUAAAGAAUCUGUAUGGAUGUUCAAGGAACUCAGCAACCAACUUAGAUCUAAAGAAGACAUUGAGAAGAUGGAAGCAAGGGCAAGGAGAAAGAUCUUUGGAAUGGAAAGGACAGAACAAAAAUGACCAGUAAGGACUUGAUGCACAAGAUAAGUAGGGUGAUAGUAAGAGAACAUCUAGCAGGUCUUGUUGAGUUCAAGUCACCAGGCCUAAAGGAACUACGACAUACCAGAGUACUGAAAGAAUUGGCAGAUGUGAUUGUUCCACCAUUCCACCACUGUCAGUGAUCUCUGAAAGAUAAUGGAGAAUGGAAAAAGUGCCACAGAAAUGGAAAAGGGAAUAUGUUUUCACAGCCCUCAACAAAGGGAAGAGAAUGGAUUCUAGAAGCACUAGGAUGGGGGAAUCAUUUUAUACUUCAGAAUUAGGACAAGUAUGUGAGAAUUCCCAUCAGCCAGCGUGGAUUUCUUUCUUCAAGUUCUUCCAAUACAGCCAGCUACAUAACUUUCUCAAAUAACCUUUCUUUGUGCCAUGUUCUGUGGCUUGCAUCAAAAGAGGAAUUUGUCUUCAUGAAGAUUCCUAACAUUGGUAAUGUGAUGAAUAAAUUUGAGAUCCUUGGGGUUGUAGGUGAAGGAGCCUAUGGAGUUGUACUAAAAUGCAGACACAAGGAAACACAUGAAAUUGUGGCAAUCAAGAAAUUCAAGGACAGUGAAGAAAAUGAAGAAGUCAAGGAAACAACUUUACGAGAGCUUAAAAUGCUUCGAACUCUAAAACAGGAAAAUAUAGUGGAGCUAAAGGAAGCUUUCCGAAGAAGAGGGAAAUUAUAUUUGGUGUUUGAAUAUGUGGAAAAAAAUAUGCUUGAAUUGCUGGAAGAAAUGCCAAAUGGAGUUCCACCUGAAAAAGUUAAAAGCUAUAUCUACCAACUAAUCAAGGCAAUUCACUGGUGCCAUAAGAACGAUAUUGUUCAUCGAGAUAUAAAACCAGAAAAUCUCUUAAUCAGCCAUAGUGACAUCCUGAAGCUCUGUGAUUUUGGUUUUGCUCGGAAUCUAUCAGAAGGCAACAAUGCUAAUUAUACAGAGUAUGUGGCCACCAGAUGGUACCGUUCUCCUGAACUCUUACUUGGAGCUCCCUAUGGAAAAUCUGUAGAUAUGUGGUCUGUGGGCUGUAUUCUUGGGGAGCUUAGUGAUGGGCAACCUUUAUUUCCUGGAGAAAGUGAAAUUGACCAACUUUUUACUAUUCAGAAGGUGCUAGGACCACUUCCAUCUGAGCAGAUGAAGCUCUUCUACAGCAAUCCUCGUUUCCAUGGGCUUCGGUUCCCAGCUGUUAAUCAUCCCCAGUCUUUGGAGAGAAGAUAUUUAGGAAUUUUAAGUGGUGUUUUGCUUGACUUAAUGAAGAAUUUGUUGAAGUUGGAUCCAGCAGACAGAUACUUGACAGAACAGUGUUUGAACCAUCCUUCAUUUCAAACCCAGAGACUCUUGGAUCGUUGUGGAACUUCACCUUCACGAUCAGCAAAGAGAAAACCAUACCAUGUUGAAAGCAACACAUUAUCUAAUAGAAAUCAAGCCAGCAAAAAUACUGCUUUGCAGGCACAUCACAGAUCUAACAGUAAGGAUAUACAGAACCUGAGUGUUGGACUUCCACGGAAUGAAGAUGUUCUUCCAGCAAGUGAAAGCUUCCUCAAUGGAAACCUUUCUGGAGCUUCUCAUAGUCCCAUGCACACCAAACCCUAUCAAACAAGUAACCCACCUGGAUCCGCAAACAAAGAUCUCACCAAUAACAACAUUCCACAUCUUCUUAGCCCCAAAGAAUCAAAAGCAAAACCAGAAUUUGAUUUCAGUAUUGACCAAAAGACUUCUGAGGGCCCAGGCACAAAAUAUCUUAAGUCAAACAGUAGGUCUCAGCAGAACCGCCACUCAUUUAUGGAAAGUUCCCAAAGCAAAACUGGAACAUUACAACCUGGUGAAAAGCAUGGACGACAUAGCUACAUAGAUACUAUUCCCCAAUCCUCUAAGAGUCCUUCUUAUAGGGCAAAGGCCAAAAGUCAUGGGGUUCUGACUGACUCCAAAUCUGUGAGUAAUCUUUCUGAAGCCAGAGUUCAGAUUUCUGAUCCCAGUAGCAGCAGGUAUUUUCCAUCUAGCUGCCUAGACUUGAACUCUCCCACCAGCCCAACCCCUCCCAGGCACAGUGACAGUAGAACUUUGCUUAGUCCUUCUGGGAGAACUAACCGAAGUGAGGGCACCUUGGACUCAAGGCGAACAACAGCAAGACAUUCCAAAACAAUGGAAGAGUUGAAACUACCCGACCACAUGGAUGGAAGCCAUUCACACUCACUCUCUGCACCCCAUGAAUCUUUUUCCUAUGGUCUAGGGUAUACCAGCCCUUUCUCUUCCCAGCAACGGCCUCAUAGGCAUUCCAUGUACGUGACUCGGGACAAAGUGAGAGCGAAAGGCUCAGAUGGAGGCUUGAACAUAGGGCAAGGGAUGGCAGUCAGAGCCAACAGCCUUCAACUCUUAUCACCACAGGUACAACUUAGACUAUUCACCAGAUCUGUUGGCACAUCACGGGAAGAUGGUGCAGAGGAUUUGAAUAGGCCAGGAGAACAGAUCCCCACAGAACUAAGUGUAUCACGGUCUUCAGCUAAAGAAACCUCUCGAGAGGGUACAUCUUCAUUUCAUUCACGACAAAAAUCUGAGGGUGGAGCCUAUCAUGACCCCCAUUCAGAUGAUGGAGGAGCUACAAAAGAAAAUAGACACCUAUAUAAUGAUCCUGUUCCAAGAAGAGUUGGUAGCUUUUACAGAGUUCCAUCUCCACGUCCGGAUAAUUCAUUUCAUGAAAAUAAUGUACCAUCCAGAGUCGCUUCUCUGCCAUCAGAGAGCAGCUCUGGGGCAAACCACUCAAAAAGACAAACAACAUUUGAUCCAUGGAAAAGUCCAGAAAAUAUAAGUCAUGCUGAACAACUCAAGGAGAAGGAGAAGCAAAGCUUUUUUAGAUCCAUGAAAAAGAAGAAGAAGAAAUCUCAAACAGUGCCCAAUACAGAUGGUCAGGAUCUUCUGGCAUUACAAAAAGCCAUUCAUUCGACUAAUCACCAAAGCAGCCGGCCAAAGGAGUGGCGUCCUGAGAAGAUCUCAGAUCUUCAAGUUCAUAGUCAGCCAUUAAAAUCACUCCGUAAGCUGUUACAUCUCUCUUCUGCCUCAAACCAUCCCACUUCCUCAGACCCCCGCUUCCAGGUACCAAGUCAGCAAGCCAAAAGCUCCUUUUCGGAAGUGCGAAUUCAUCCUAUGAGCCAGGCCUCCAGUAGCAGCAGCAACAGCAACAUCCGGGCUGAGGCCACGCCAAAGGCCAGGCCAAGCCUUCAGCUGCCGGGUCAGAUAGACCCAGGCUGGCAUGUAUCCCCUGUGAGCAGGAGCGCCACUGAGGGGCCUUCCUAUUCUGAACAGCUGGGUUCUAAGAGCGGGUCUAAUGGGCACACAUAUAACAGAACAAAUCGAUCACGGAUGCCAAAUCUGAAUGAUUUAAAAGAGACAGCCUUGUAAUUAUUCUCCACGGGUUAGAGGGGGAAAAGCUAGCUCCCUGGGAAGAGGGGUGGGGUAGGAAGGGAUAGGGGCAGACUGUGCCAGGGGUGGUAAGCCAAUAGUUUCAGCCUUAUGAAGGUGUGCAAUAUUGUGUUGUAUGGAGCUGCAUUGUCAAGCACCACAUUAGUCAUCAGGGAUCACAUAGUCAAUGAGCUGAAUUAUUGAUUGUCAGUCACCAGAAGUCACCCUGGGCGAUAGAGUUCAGGAAGAAAUUGUUUGGUUCUUUUCCCUCUCCCCUCCCUCCCCCUCUUUACAUUCCAGCUUUAGUUCCCUAUUGAAACUGGGAAGCUAAAGCAUGCCUUGGCACUUCAAGGGAUGGAAAAAUUAAGUGUCUCAACCUAUGUCCUUACCACAUACUUUCUGCCUAGUUGAAAUGUGGGACUUAUGUAAUCCAAGCCUGUCCCUUUCUUUCAAGGGUUAGCUAUCAAAUUGUAUGUCUUAAAUUUGGGUUUUUUUUUAACUUCCAUAUUGAUAGGUUUGUAACAUUUAUUUAUGAUUAACUAAUAUUGUACUGUUAUAAUCAUACCUUUUAUGUUACAUUAUAAAGUUAUUUUGAGCUGUUUGAAACAUUGUGAAGCAGUGCAACAGCUACAGUAGUUUCUAUAAAAACUAAACAGUAACAUUUA